AUGCCAACAUUUCUGGAGAUCAGCACGUUGGUUGUAGAGCUUAUUUCUAUCCUGAUAACAUUCCCUGGAUACAUGUUUAUAUUAGUUGUGAAUAUUCUGGACUGGAUGAAGAACAAAAGACUUGAUAUAAGUGAUCAGCUGAUCUCUGGGAUUAGUCUUAUUCUUCUUAUUCACCGAUUCCUUCUAGUAAUUGUUCACUUUAUUGUGAUAACUAAGGAAAACCAUGCAAAUGUACUCAAUGUUCUCUCCAUUACUCUUUUGUAUCUGUCUAUAAUGUUAUGCACUUUACUCUUCUCCACAUGGCUCGCCAUUCACUUUUGCCUGAAGAUUGUGAAUAUCAACCACAAACUCUAUAUUUAUAUUCAGCGUAAGUUCCCCAAGAUGUUUCCAUGGAUCCUUCUUCUGUCCAUCGUUGCGUCAUUUCUUGUAAGUUCUCCGGCUGCACUGAGGUUGUCACAUGAACCAUCUCUAAACUCCACACAAUCUCUACAGGAUCCAGACUUUAUAGACUUAGAUCUUUUAUUUUAUGCACCUUAUAUUGUAUUUUCUUCUUUGUGUCUUCUACUGUUUUCUGGUUCGGCUCUGAAUAUAGUUUUAUCUCUGUAUAGACACAUCAAACAGAUCCAUAAUAACAAUGUACAACUUAGCGCUCAGAUUGUUCAGGCUCACGUCACUGCUAUGAAAACAAUUCUCUCUUUACUCGCUUAUAAUCUUUUCUUUAUUGCUCUUUUGGCUUCUUUAAUUGUACGACUUGUUUUUAAACAGUGGAGUAGCGCCUUUCCAUUCCUUUAUGCACUAUAUCAUUUUCUUGGCAUAGCAAUAUUAAUACGAGCAAGCAGCAAGUUACAGAAAAAGCUCCAUUCUAUUUGGGUUAUUUGUUCUCCCUUAGAAAAAGCUUUGACAUGA